GAGCAAAGGCUCCAAGGCUGACGGUGUUGGUUCUCUACAGGGCCCAUGGCGGAUACCCAGUACAUCCUGCCCAAUGACAUUGGCGUGUCCAGCCUGGACUGCCGCGAGGCUUUCCGCCUGCUGUCGCCCACAGAGCGUCUCUAUGCCCACCACCUGUCCCGGGCCGCCUGGUAUGGAGGCCUGGCGGUGCUCCUGCAGACUUCUCCUGAGGCCCCCCACAUCUAUGCCCUGCUCAGCCGCCUCUUCCGGGCUCAGGACCCUGAUCAGCUCCGCCAGCACGCUCUGGCUGAGGGCCUCACCGAGGAGGAGUAUCAGGCAUUCUUGGUCUACGCCGCGGGCAUCUACUCCAACAUGGGCAACUACAAGUCUUUUGGUGACACCAAGUUUGUCCCCAACUUGCCCAAGGAGAAGCUGGAGCGGGUGAUCCUGGGGAGCGAGGCCGCCCAGCAGAACCCAGAAAUAGUGCGGGGCUUCUGGCAGACCUGCUCGGAGCGCAUGUUCUCCCUGGAGCCCAGGCUGCGACACCUGGGGCUGGGGAAGGAGGGAAUCACCACCUACUUCUCUGGGGACUGCACCAUGGAAGAUGCCAAACUGGCCCAGGACUUUCUGGACUCACAGAAUCUCAGUGCCUACAACACUCGGCUCUUCAAGGCCACGGGCCCGGAUGGGAAGCCUUGCUAUGAGGUGCGGCUGGCUUCCGUGCUGGGCACAGAGCCUCACCCGGACUCUGAAGUGUCUUCCAGGCUGAAGAGCUAUGAAUUCCGGGGGAGCCACUUCCAGGUGACCCGAGGGGAUUAUGCUCCCCUCCUCCAGAAGGUGGUGGAGCACCUGGAGAAAGCCAAGACACACGCGGCCAAUAGCCACCAGGACCGGAUGCUGGCCCAGUAUAUCGACAGCUUCACCCAGGGCUCUAUCGAGGCUCACAAGCGGGGCUCCCGCUUCUGGAUCCAGGACAAGAGCCCCAUCGUGGAGAGCUACAUCGGGUUCAUCGAGAGCUACCGAGACCCCUUUGGCUCCCGGGGAGAGUUUGAAGGCUUUGUGGCCAUGGUGAACAAGGCCAUGAGCGCCAAGUUCGAGUGCUUGGUGGCGAGCGCGGAGCAGCUGCUGAAGGAGCUGCCCUGGCCCCCCGCCUUCGAGAAGGACAAGUUCCUCACCCCCGACUUCACCUCCCUGGACGUCCUCACCUUCGCGGGCUCCGGCAUCCCUGCCGGCAUCAACAUCCCCAACUAUGAUGACCUGAGACAGACGGAAGGCUUCAAGAAUGUGUCUCUGGGCAACGUGCUGGCCGUGGCCUACGCCACGAAGCGGGAAAAGCUCACGUUCCUGGAGGAGGAGGACAAGGACCUGUACAUCCGCUGGAAAGGACCCUCCUUCGACGUGCAGGUGGGGCUGCAUGAGCUGCUGGGCCACGGCAGCGGCAAGCUCUUUGUGCAGGAUGAGAAAGGAGCCUUCAACUUCGACCAGGCGACAGUGGUCAACCCAGAAACUGGAGAGCAGAUCCAGAGCUGGUACCGGAGCGGGGAGACCUGGGACAGCAAGUUCAGCACCAUCGCCUCCAGUUACGAAGAGUGCCGGGCCGAGAGUGUGGGGCUGUACUUGUGCCUGCACCCCCGAGUGCUGGAGAUCUUUGGCUUCGAGGGAGCAGACGCGGAAGACGUCAUCUACGUGAACUGGCUCAACAUGGUCCGUGCCGGGCUGCUGGCGCUGGAGUUCUACACACCAGAGGCCUCCAGUUGGAGACAGGCCCACAUGCAGGCCCGGUUUGUGAUCCUGAGGGUCUUGCUGGAAGCCGGCGAGGGGCUCGUUACGGUCACCCCCACCAUGGGCUCCGAUGGGCGCCCGGAUGCCCGCGUCCGCCUUGACCGCAGCAAGAUCCAGUCUGUGGGCAAACCUGCACUGGAACGGUUCCUGAGGAGACUCCAGGUGCUCAAGUCCACAGGGGAUGUGGCUGGGGGCAGGGCCCUGUACGAGGGGUACUCGGCGGUCACGGACGCGCCCCCCGAGUGCUUCCUCACCCUCAGGGACACGGUGCUGCUCCGCAAGGAGUCCCGGAAGCUCAUUGUUCAGCCCAACACCCGGUUGGAAGGCUCAGACGUGCAGCUUCUCGAGUACGAGGCCUCGGCAGCUGGCCUCAUCCGCUCCUUCUCCGAUCGCUUCCUGGAGGAUGGGCCCGAGCUGGAGGAGACCCUCACCCAGCUGGCCGCAGCCGAUGCCUGCUUCUGGAAGGGCCCCAGCGAGACCCCCCCGGGCCAGGCUUGAAGAGGAUCUGUGUGGUCCCUCAUGCCCACACCAUCAAAGCAAGCCUGCAAGGGGGUGGCAUGGGGGCCUCGCGUGUGCAUCUGUGUGUGUGUGGGGGGGGAGGCGGAAGGGACAAGAGCUCAGACCUUGGUGCUACCUCAGCUGAGGGCAGUGACACUAACCUCCCACCUGCCGGCACUUGCCAUUGACUGAGUACUGCCCCUGACUCAGUGUGUCUGAUUUAGGCCACCGUCCUCGGUGGUGUGGGCAAGGCAGGGCUCCUUGUCCUGCUUCCCUGAUGAAGAGGCCAGUUCCAAGGAGUGAAACCCAGACCCACGGGACCCGACACUCCUCUCCCAUACCAGUGCUCUUCGCAGAAAAAUAAAGAUUGCAGGCUGCCAUUCUU